AUGAAAUCAUUCGCACUUCUCAAUGACAAACCAGCAGCUGGCGAUGUCCGUGAGGCAUUGUGCUGCCCGACAAUGGACCUUCUGGCACUGCUAACAAUGUCUGGCGCGAUAGUUGUACAUCGUUUCCUGAAUUGGCAACGUCUGCUUACAAUUGGUGCAUCGUCAGCAGUCGAUGGCAAUGAUGAUAUUGCCACAUCAAUACAGUGGAGUCCGAAUGGCAAGCGAUUGGCAGUUGGAUAUGCCAGCGGACUGAUCUCACUCGUCUCCAUUGAGAAUGGCAAAGAGAUACAUUACACACGCGCAGCACCAGUCUCGCCCGUCACCAAGAUGUUCUGGGUGCAGUACAACCCAUCCUCAUCAUCAUCGUCACACUUUAGUCAAUGCUUUGACGCGUCACCCUUCUUCCCAGCCUUUGCUCACUACAUCCAAGACAAGGAAGACGAGAUGAAGCCAUUCCCUCAAGACUUGGAUGCCCUUGACGUGUUGAUCGCCGUGUCAAAGAGUGGCGUCAUCUCAUUCCUGGGGUUCGGCAUGACGUUGAUCGGCACACUGGACAUCCAACAGAUACUGUUGAACAAGUAUGGCGCAUCACACUUCUUGAUCAAGUCGGCCAAGUCGGUGGAUAUACAAAACGUGGCAAUGUCUCGCGACUUUGGUAGAGCGAUGUUGACCGCCGAGACAGAUAGCGGGCUCGCACUCAUGUUGGACGUGGACACAUCGAUACUCUCGCGCAAAGCCAGUGAGAUCUUUGACUUUGCCACCAAGUCUGUCACGGCUUCAUGGCUCUUGGACACACUCUCAUAUCUGCUGACCCAUGAGGUCGUGGACAAGUGGAGCGACACACACAGCCAGCUGGUGACCAAAUGGUCGUCAUUCGGUCGCACACUGCUCGACUUUGGCUACGACCAGACUCACACACUCGAGCAGCACCUCACAGACAUGCUGAUGAUUGGCGUGCCCUCGGAUGCACUGGCGCAAUACCUGGCGAACGGCAUCAAUGUCAAGAGUCUGCGGUCGUCGCUUCGCACGCUGGACGGCCUGCGUGACACGCUCAUUGGGCGCAUCCUGGCGGCCUUCACACAUCUGAUGCACACAUUAGCCGCGCUGCGGUCUCUGUCGCUGUGGCAGGAGCGCUUUGGGGACAUGCUCAACGCUGACAAGUAUGAGCGAUUGCUGAGGCAGAGUGGCGCGUUUGGCGUGCGACUCGAGAGUCUGGACCGCGUCUUUGGCGGGGUCUCAGCGCAAUACUCGUCAUUCUUCACAUGGCUACUCAAGAUCCAAGAUCAGAUCAACGACACGCCCAGUCAGCAACCAUCAUCAUCGCUUCAAAAUGAUGAGCGCGCCAUUCUCGAGUUGCUCCACGGGGGGCUCAACCAAGACCCUCUGUCGGUGGCGUCGAGCCCUAGUCAUUGUGAUACCCAUUCCAUUCUAAUGCAACUGUUGGACUUGGCCAGCGACAACACAAUUGUGUCACAGUUUAAGAUCAAUGCCGUCACGCCACUGGGAUUGUUCGAUCGCAAGCAACUACUGCAACUGGAGCAAGAGCAAGGACAGGGCAGCGCGCAACGCUUUUGUUCGGCAUUCACAUCAGAGAGCCAUAACAAGUUUGUUGUGGCCUUUCUCCUGCCAGGGUCGAGCAAGCUAUUCGUCGGAAUCAAAGAACGCGCUGAUUGGCGCUUUGGCUGCGUGCAGCUUGGUGAGCGCGACCGGCUGGACGACAUGGUCUUCUACGACAACACAUUGCUGGCCGUACUGUCGAUACCCGAGGAGGUCACCCCACAGGGUGCCAAGCCCAAGGAGUCAUCAUGCCUCAAACAAUACUCCUACACCGAGCUGGACUUCAUGCAGCUUGGUGUGGCCAUCCCGCCAUCCACUGUGAUGAUAGACCUCCUCGAUGGAUUCUUCUUCCAGGAGGAGACACAAGGUGACAAGAGUCGCCUACUCACCCCUGACGCGCCAACCAGGUGCUCAGCCAAACGACUCUGGCUGUCAAUCGAGAGAAAUGUCGCGUGUAUCGCGAUGGGAAGUCGCAGGACCAUGGUGUUCGACCUGGUCGAGGACGAAGAAGAGGAAGGUGACGACCAAGACAAUGACGACCAAGCGAUCGAGGAAUAA